CUUUUCUCUACAGCUCUGCGCGUAUCCUGUCUUAAAUGAGUUUGACUUCUGCAGUUAAUGGUCGUUUUGAUAUUUUUUUUACCUUUUUAAAUGAACAUACUGAUGUUUCCAGACGACCCCCGCCCUUUGUUUCUGUCUCUCGCCAUCUGAACAGACCUGGAACCCGGAACAACCAGCGCACAAUCUAAAUGCCGUAUACAUUGCUUUUAACACCAGUGUAUUUGUGAGGAAAGCAUCAAUUAAAUAUUAAUGUGUCACAGGGAAAACCUCUGGGAACACACUGGCAAUGCACUUCCAAGGGAAUAGUCUUGAAAUGAAGUAAAACAAGUGUGUGCUUUUUGAAGGUAGAUUUUUAACUAUCACUAUAUUGCUACCCCUACAGCUUUCUUUUCCUGUUUGCAAAAAAACAUCAAAACUUUGGCACCCGCACUAUUGUGAAGUCUGAUCUUGACCUUGUAGUAGCAGGUGAAGUUUAAUGUUUAGUGACCAGCUGUACCUAACCAUACUACAACUAGAGGUGACCCCAGGAGUUAUUAUUUUAUCACACAUGGAAUGAUCGAUGAAGGGCAGGCACAAGCUCAAGAGCUGGACGUUGUCCCUGCACAUUUAGCAGAGGGGAGGCAGUGUGUGGGCAUCGAUCUGCCCCCUUCACACUUAUUUGACUUCUGUCAGCAAUGCGGCAGCCUCACUGCCACCACAAUUUCACAGCAGCUAGAAUAUGGACUUUAAAGAAGAUUGCGCUUGGAGGGCGAUAAUUUGGACUGCAUCUGUAUGCCUUUCAUACCUCACGAUCAUUUUAUGUUUCUUUUAAGGGGACUUGUUCGCUGUCAAUUGUGAUACGAUUUUUAUGUGAUAUUAGCUGGCUUACAAUGAGCUCUCGGAUACAGAAAACUGGGCAUGGACAUCUUCUCAGAUGCUUUUUCCUGAUGUGUACCUUGUCACAGCUGCCACUUUCAGCUUCAUUUCUGACGGGCUCGGUGGCUAGCUGUGAGGUGGAAGGCGAGGCCCUGCAGAUCCCUUUCAUCACAGACAACCCCUGCAUUACCUGCGUCUGUCUGAACAAAGAAGUCACAUGUAAACGAGAGAAGUGCCCAGUGAUAGCCAAGGACUGUGCUCUAGUGGUCAAGCAGAGGGGAGCUUGCUGUGAGCGAUGCAAAGACUGUAAACUUGAAGGAAAGAUUUAUAACAGCUCCAUGAAAUGGCAGUCUCCAUUCAGCCCUUGCAAAACCCGCAUAUGCCAGGAAGGUGUCGUCACUGAAUCCGAAAAGCUCUGUGUGGUCUACUGUCAAAAUGCUACUCUGCAUAAGGGAAGAUGCUGUCCAGCUUGUCCAGGCUGUGUGUUCGAAGGCAGGGAAUACUUGGAAGGGGAGGAAUUUCACCCUGAAGGCAAUAAGUGUAUUCGAUGUUCAUGCACUGGAGAAAAGAUACAGUGCAUAAAGGAGGCAUGCCCAGUCUUGUCUUGCCCCCAGCAUCUCAGUCACAAACCCCCUGGACAGUGCUGUCGUAGAUGCAUAGGUCAAAGGAAAGUGUUUGACCUAUUACAAGGAAGCUGUUUGUUUCACAGUGAAGUUUAUGAUAAUGGUACUACCUUUCAGCAUGACAACUGCACAACCUGCACCUGCAUAAAUUCCACAGUCUUGUGUCAGAAGCAAUGUUCACCUCCGGGGACCUGCAACAAAAGCAAAGAGCAGUGUUGUGAAGAAUGUAUCUCCUAUAUUCCUGUUGAGGAAGUGAAGUCAUGCCAGUAUGGGAAUAAAAUAUUUGGGGAUGGCGAGAUGUGGUCUUCAGUUAACUGCACUAUCUGCGCAUGUCUGAAAGGACACACAGAAUGCCACAAGAAGGAAUGUGUCUCUGUCAAGAGCUGCCCUGCUGGUAAAAUUCUGAACAGGAAAGGAUGCUGCCCAGUUUGCACUGAAAAGCCUGGAGUAUGCACUGUAUUUGGCGAUCCCCACUACAAUACUUUUGAUGGAAGGACAUUUAACUUUCAAGGAACAUGUCAGUAUACUCUGACAAAGGACUGUUCUCCAAAAGCAGGUUUUGAAGUACUAGUUAAAAAUGAUGCCCGGCGCACUCGCUCCUUCUCUUGGACCAGGUCUGUAGAACUCUUAAUGGAUGGAAGUAGCAUCAGUUUGCACCAACACCUCAUGGUAAAAAAAAAUGGAACUCGCAUCUCUCUGCCCUAUGAAUCCCCAAAUAUCCAUGUUGAUUUAGAUGGCUACUUAAUAAAAGUAACUACAAAAACAGGCUUACAGAUAUCCUGGGAUGGUGAUAGUUUUGUCGAAGUCAUGGCUGCUCCCCAUCACAAAGGUAGACUCUGUGGUCUGUGUGGUAAUUACAAUGGACACAGAAGAGAUGACUUGAUUGCAAGGGAUGGCAGUUUCAGGUUUGACAUUGAUGAUUUUGCUGAGUCCUGGAGGGUUGAAUCCAAUGAAGCUUGCCACAGACCACAAAGAAAGCCCAUGCCUGUGUUUUGCCAGGGGACUGCAAAGGUUAAAUUCCGAGCUCAUCGCGAGUGCCAAAAGUUAAAGUCAUGGGAGUUUCAAAGCUGCCAUACUGCAGUGGAUUAUGUUGCAUUUUAUAAGUCCUGUUUGACAGAUAUGUGCGAGUGUCCUCUGCACAAGAAUUGCUACUGUGAGUCCUACCUUGCUUAUGCCCGAGCAUGUCAAAGGGAAGGCCUGCAAGUGAGCUGGAAGCCAGAGCAAAACUGUGCUUCAACCCAGUGCAAGCAUGGAGCUGUGUAUGACACUUGUGGCCCAGGAUGCAUUAAGACCUGUGACAACUGGAAUGAGAUUGGACCUUGCAGCAAGCCAUGUGUAGCUGGAUGCCAUUGCCCAGCCGACUUAGUUCUUCAUAAUGGAACUUGCAUUAAACCAGCCUUUUGUCCACAGCGGUGACACAGGCAUUACAGAGAUCAACUAUAAGAUGAUGUCCGUGACAUCCAGAAGAUUUAUUUUACAGCCAGUAUAGGACUGUUCCAAACUGUCAAUAUUGCAACAUAACAAAUACUGAGAGGGAUGAUUAUGCACAGUAUAUGCUAUUUUAAAUUGGUAUUAUUUCUAGGACCAGCAAUUCUGUAAAGUACUUGAGCAUCUGUGAACAAUCUAUGUGUUGUAAACUAAUUCCAGAAUAUAAUAGUGUGUCUGAAUGCCUUAUUUUAAAUGGCAGUCAUGCUGCUAAACUGAAGAGCUUUCCACGUUCAUUAAACAUAUGAUACCUUAAUAGCUUGGCAGCUGGAAGAAAGGCACUACUGUGGUCCAGAAAUCUGUAGACAGAGAUUCAUACAGCCGCUGCAGAGUUUAUGAAUAAAAAUGUCUGAGCCCAAUAGAGCCAAUUGCAACAUAUUUUCCUGUAAAUGUCUGUCAAUGCAUUUUAAAGUGCACCUUAUAUAUUUAAAAUGUAAAUGAAUUCAUAAAUUAUAGAAGUUAGUUAACUAACUGUUAUUACCUUUUAGAUGAAUUUCUUAAUCGGUAACUGAAUUAUCAUUAGCAUUUCUGCCUAUACAUACAGCCUGAAAUGAGGUUAUGUGUCAUUCAUACUCAAAAGGUCUGAAACUUUGAUAUCACAACCAAUCAACUAAGAGUCCCAAAAGUACCGAAGUUGGUGCAGUACUGAUUUACAGGCCUAAAUUAAUUACCAUUACUCCUGAUGUUGUGACAAUAGUUUCUACUGAAAUAGCCAGUGUCAACAAUUGUAUUGUUCUUGCUAGUUUAAGUGAUGAAAGAGUUACAGUACAAUAUCAUUAUAGCAUGAGAAGUUAGCUCAGAAAAUUAAAUUUGAUGUGCCAGGGAUUAAAACCAGCAUGCCAGGGAUUAAGUCUGGCAUGCCAGGGAUUAAAUCUAGCAUGCCAGGGAUUAAGUUUGACAUGCCAGGGAUUAAGUUUGGUAGUUAAUGUUGAGGAUUAUGACUAUGAGCUUAUAACAAGCUGUUUCUUGCAGUCCAGGGUUUGAUUCUGUAAGCCUCCAUUUACCUACUGUGCAACAGUGAACAAAUCAUUUAACCAAACAGUGCUCCCAGGUUGCUUUUAAGAAGAAUACAUGUCCAGUGGGGUUACAUGAUAAACAAGUAAAAAAUGAGUAAAGUCCAGCACAAGUAAAUAAAACAACACCACAAACUACGCAGUUUAGUGUUUUGUUUGAACAAGUAAAUAAAAGUUGUAUGUAAAAGUCUCUAGUAAUGUCAGAAAAAUAGAUAUCCAUUUUAGCAAAUUAAAA